AUGCAGAGUUUCAAUACAUUACACACUCUAAUAAACAAGAAACUUAAUGGGGAAAUUACACCCCGGGCUACUUUGAAAGAUAUGUAUUCUAAAAUCAGUAAGGGUUUGAAGAAAGAGGAUUUGGAUUUGACGGAGGUUGUGCUAGUGAAGCGAGAGGUGAAUAGAUGCUCUGGUUGUCGGAGGAAGGUCGAUUUGACUGGAUUUAGUUACAGAUGUGGCGAGCUCUUUUAUGUCGACCAUCGUUAUUCCUAUAGUCAUGACUACAGCUACGACUACAAAGCCCCUGGAAGAGAGGCCAUCUCGAGGAAAAAUUCGAUGGUUAAAGCAGCUAAAAUUGUUAAUAUUUAA